UGACCUCGAAAAUGGAUGCCUAGUUUGCUUGUGGGGACUUCCCAGCGAUUUUACGGGUACAUCCAAAACAGGUUCAGACCUACACUUUGGUGUGCGGUCUGUUUUUGUGGAGUUCCAGAGGUUGCUGCAGUUCAUCCACAUGAUCGUUGGCAGAGGAAAAAACCACAUUCGUCUGUAGUGGAAAAGAAAAGUGAAAUUUAUUCUACUCCAGAUGGGAUCGAUGCUGCUGGUCAUCACUGCAGGCCUGUUGACCCUGGGGCGAGGCUACCCUGCCGAUAAAGACGAUACUGAAUCCAGAAUAGGCCGACCCAGUACUGAAGAGCCCCCUAAAAUAUCGGAGAGUAACCUUGACGCUCUCUUAGAAUCGAUAUAUGGUAACAGCGGCAAUACUAAUAUUAAGAAACAGAACAGUACAACAACUCUCAACUCCAACACUCAGCAAUCCACCACGAAUGUUCAACGCUGCACUUGUGUCAAACAAUAUCUCUGCAAGAGCACACCAUACGUGAACAGUGUUGUUGAAGAGUCAAAAUGUAAGAGCCCUCUGGAGAAGUGCUGUGAAGUACAAGAUAUAUUGACUGAGGAUAACCUCUCAGUGACAACCUCACAGCCAGUAAAGAACAAGAAUAAAUGUGGUACCCGAACCUUUGGAAUAGGAUUUGGACUUGAGGGAAACGAUGAAGCCAGCUCGUACGGCGAAUUCCCCUGGAUGGCAGCUGUUCUGCAGCCUCACACUCUUGCCGCAGAGGACAGUUUCCAGAGCAUGUAUGUGUGCGGCGGUUCACUGAUACAUCCUCGAGUAGUCCUCACUGGGGCCCACCUUCUACAGGGGAAGGACAACCUGGUGGUGCGAAUGGGGGAAUGGGAUACUCAGAACAAGAAUGAGUUGUAUCCCACACAAGAUUUGAAGGUGCGAGAAGUGAUUAUUCAUGAACAAUUCCGCAAUGGAUCUCUAGCCAACGACCCAGCCCUACUGAUACUGGAGAGGCCGGUGGACAUGUCUGCUGAGAAUGUUGGUCUUAUCUGUCUCCCUGAGCCCAACGAGAACAUGGACGGUAGAAACUGUGUUGCCAGUGGAUGGGGGUCAAAUACUCUGAAAAUAAAGAAACCUCAAGCAAUUCUCAAAAGAGUUGAAGGUCUUCCAAUUGUUCCAAAAGAUUCUUGUUUGAAGCUUCUGCACACUACUCGACUGGGACAGCGCUUCAAGCUGCACGAAAGCUUCAUUUGUGCAGGUGGCAAGCCUGGCAAAGACACGUGUAACGGUGAUGGUGGCAGUCCUCUGGUGUGUCCCAGCAGAAACAACCCCAACGUGUACGUGCAGGCUGGCAUCGUAGCUUGGGGCAUUGGCUGUGGCACAGAUACUCCAGGUGUCUAUGUUAACGUUCCUUACUUCAUUGACUGGAUUGACAACAAGCUGCGGGCUCGAGACAUCUUCCUUGACUUCUAGAGACUUGUUGACAUGGUUUCAUCUGGGAAACUUUCUUUUAUGUCACUGAACUGAAAAUGUGAAAAUCUUAUAAUAAGUCAGUAAUACUAAGAGUUAGGCAUCAUAUUCUUAUAUAUUUGUACAUCAAAACUAUCAAAAACUUGCAAAGAACAGUUUGUUUGAAAUAUUUAAAGCUUUAUGAAUGUUUGUUUGAUAGUAACAAUACUAUAUUUAUUGAGCAGUUCACAUUGUACAGCCCUAAACUUAAUAUAUCAUUGAGUUGUAUUUUCAUUAGUUAGGCCUAAUUUACAUUUACCAUAUUUAAAUUAAGAGAAUAUUUAAAAUUACAUUAAUUACAAAAUGUUAACAUUUCUAUUUGGUUUAACUAUAGACGUUCCAUGUUUGUAGUAGUUAUGAAGCAUGCAUAGUUUUGGUCCAGUCCUUUUUUUGGAAAAGUAAACCAAAAUGUAUUCUAUACUGCCUUUAUUAUUUUAUCUGAAUAAAUUAUUGGUAUUUAUGUACUGUAUAUAUAUAUAUUUUUCUUCUACUAAAAAACUUACUUUAUUGUUUUACUUACUAGAGGGAUUUUUUCCUUUUUUGAUUUUAACUGGAUUAUUACAGUUUUCAAUAUGUUAAGAUCAUUGUUAUAAUUUUAUUUAAAUUUCAAGAUGUUAAGUUACAUUAUCAAGAUGUAACCUUAGAUUUGGAGAUAUCAUACCUAAUACAACUAUAAAAUAAUGUUUAAAAUGUGUGCUUAAAUUUUACCGGUUGAACUAUGACUUGUAAAUGUACCACAAUAAAGCUUUUUCUGUUGUACGUUAGAACAAAAUUCUCAUUCUCUAAUUCUAUAUUGUAAAAUAAAUUAUGAAUUCAAAA